AUGCUGGGCUGCCGUUGGACCGCUACCACGCCGCUAAACUAUACUGGGACGAGCACAGGUGUUAGCGUCUUUCCCGCCCGCCAACCAGUCCAGCAGCGUCUUCCGGCCACCAAGACCGCCAGACAAACGCCCUGUCGCGCCUGCUUCGUCGUCCUGUCUCGAGGAGGCCGUUUCGGCGGCCGCCCUCUCGUCCUCGUUCCCACGGCUUCUCACGCACCGCCCGCCAAUCUUACAAAUUCGACGGCCGCCAUAGCCUCUUCCUUCUCGGAUCCCUCUUCCCUUCCUGUCAAUGUACCCUUACCUGCUCCGACGACAUUCCCCGACCCAGGCUCGACACCGAAUCCGCCUCCUGCUGCCGCAGCUGCCUCUCGUUACGCUCCGCCUUCGUCCUCGCGUCCUUUCGUACCUCUGAACUACGGCCAGCCGCCUUUCCGAUCGCGUGCUGCAACGACUUUUCAGCGUCCCCUCCGCCGGUUGUCUGCUGCCCGUCUCUGGAAUCCGACCAACUCAACUCCGCGCAGCACCGCCUCAUCGGCACGUCGCAACCAUUCGCAUCUGCAGCCGCUGCUACGACCACAGCCGCACGCUCCAGCCCACAGACGGGCGCCUUCCACGCCGCUGCCUCCUGCUGUUGCUCUCUCGCAUCCUGUUCUGCACGAUACUCGCCCCGUUGCAGACGACGAUCCCAUUGGAACCGGUGUCGCCGACUACCCUCUUCUCACCCUCCCCGAGCAGCGCCAGGUCCGCCACUCUACGUCGACCCGCGCCAGCCUGCAGGUCGAGCGUGCCGGAAGCGAAAAACGGGUGAGCUUGCCCAAGUCUCUCCGCCAUUCAUACGACGGAAAGCGUCUGGCCGUGAACCCAGAAUCCUCGCUUGCUGAGACGACUGACCUCGAUCCUGACCGUGGCGUCGAAGCUGCUGAGCGGAUCAUUGCUAGUGCUGCCGCGCCGCGUUUUUCCGGCCAAUUUUCCUUUACUUUUGCUGGGCCGUCUUCAACGCCGGACCCAGGCCCUCAAAUCGCAGGACUGCGGAGACUUGGCCAAAGCGCCAGCAAGCCGCAAGCCGCGGAACUGUCACACCAUUCAGAGACAGGCCGCCACCCGCGUCCCGACUCGGCUACGGCUCCAGCUUCAGGAGGACCCUUCGGGCUCGUUUUCGCGCCAAUCAAGGCCACCAAGCAAGACAAGGGAAAGGGCAAAAUGGCGCCCGCUGAGAGCGAAGAUGUGGCCAUCACCCGUCGCUCCUAUUCCAGGGACCUGGAACGAGGCCCCGAUGUCAUGAGCGCCAUUGACGGAGGCUCUGGCGCGAACAAGGAGGAUCACGCGAACCGGAACUCGACUGUGUCUAUGCCUGAUGGGAUCGGUAUCGGCUCGGCCAUCUCGUCGUCCAACUCGUCCAUCAUGGGCGACCCGGAGGCCCAACCAGACGCCGGCGAGGAAUGGGGGCCGCAACACCCGUGCUUUCCACACCGGAAUCCGCACGUCCCCAUGGACUCGCCCGAGUACGUGACCACACGCAUCAUCCGCAUCCGGCGCGACUGGCUGAUAGCAGGCGAUCUGGCGCCGACCUUUUCGAAUCUGUAUCCUGAGAUCCUAGACCCAGCAGGAAUGCCCGAGCAUGAGUUCCGGCGUGUCGUCGACAAGCUGAAUAAGGAGCUGUGCGGCAUAUUUGAGCCGUGGACCAUACACAACAUCAUCGACGGCGUCCUCGGCCUCCUGACUGGCUGGCUAUGGGAAGACAUGGGCAUGACGACCGCCAAGAGGCGGCUGGCCCAACUGGAACGUUGGGUUGAGCGGUGGAACGAGUCCAUGGCAGCAGGGAUGAACGGCAGCAGAAGCGGCCUCGCUGAGGACGGCCCCAUUCCGCCCAAAAUCAUCCCCUUGCGGGAGACGGGCUAUAUGACGAUAGGCGACCCGGAAAUUGCGCCGGCACCAGCCAGCACAGUCGCAUCGCGGGCUGGUCAGCCGAUGGAGGAAGCAUCGGCGAGCUGA